UGAAUAUCCCCCAUAUUAUUUUCUUUGUUUAUUGUAUGGACAUUGUCUUAAUCGAGCUAUAUUCAGUUGCCGGUAACAGCACUGGGCAUUUAGUGAGCUAAACAGUGAUAUCAAACACGGACUGGGUCCCCAAGCGGCUGAACAAACAUACAAGUGUUCGCACUGAUUACCCAUUCGAGUCAUCAGCUCAAACGCAAUAAUCCCCAUUACAUUACUUUAUCCCUACAACGGUCAGAACGCUUUGAUACUGCACGUCAAAGUAGAUCGUUAAACCCCACAAUCCGACGUUUCAUCUGUUUAAUUGAAUUGCCUUGCCCCCUAUGGUCUAUUGCGGGAAGCCGAGCAAAGGCUGCGGUGAAUGCCGAUCCAGGAAAAUACGUUGUGACCAGGCCAAACCCGCUUGUUCGCAAUGUACCAAAGCCCACCGUGAAUGUCCGGGAUACCGGGAUCAGCUGUCGCUAAUGUUCCGGGAUGAGAGCCAGCAGGUGGUUCGGAAAGCGAAGAACAGUGCAUCGACGACUAGAAGAGCCACUAAGACUUCUAAGCGCGCGGUCACUGUGCGUGCGAUUAGUACUCCCAGUCCUACUCCUAGUGAGAAGAAAGCGAGUGGGGGCGAGGUGCAGCUGCAGAGGACGCCUAGCGUCACCGUUGAUGUUUUGACGCCUUCUGAUAGUGGGGGUAGCAGUGGCAGUGGCAGCAACGACAGCAGUCCGGUGCAGCAAAUCAACCGCAAAGCGAUCCAUAUCCAACCGUCUUAUCAACCCACUCAGGAUGAAGCGGUUUGUUACUUUCUUCGGUAUAACGCAUGGCCGGGUGCUUUUUGGAUGUUGAAUGCGACGCCCGAUGCGUUUCUGCAGAAUAAUAAGUCUUCUAGUCUGCAGGCCAUGAAGGCUGGUGUCGUCUCGGUGGGUACGGCGAUGCUUGCGCGCAUUCGAAGAUGUCCGUCUUUGAAACUAGCUGCAGAAAAUGAAUACGGCAAUGCGCUGAGAUUAAUGGGCGCAGCGGUGACAGAUGUAAAUGAGGCGCGCGCAAAUCCGACCCUUGCUGCCGUUCUUCUACUGGCUAUGUUUGAGUGUGUUACGAGUAGAGCCCCAAAGAGUAUCGAGAAUUGGAUAAAUCAUAUCCACGGUGCUGCAGCAUUGCUUGAGUUACGAGGGAUACAACAACUCCAAGACGAAGAUGGACUUCGAUUAUUUGUUCAAUUACGCUACCAGAUUAUCGUAAGCUGUUUGCAAAGAGCGGCGCGAGUCCCUCAGUCGGUCCUCGACUGCUCUAGGAUUGCUAUGUUCCUACGGCCUCAAAGGGAAGCCUACGGUGACCGAUUGGUAUCAAUCACCGGGAAACUGUCAAACUUGCGUGCAGAUAUCGCCUCAAAGGCGAACACGGACGGUCGCCAGAUUCUCGCGACUGCGUACGCUAUUGAAGCAGAGCUAAUGACAUGGCUCGCUGGACUGCCUCCGAACUUCAUGUACACGACGGUCAAGAACCCCGUGAUUGAUGCAGAGUUCGUCCGCCGUUCUCGUGGAUUCGUGCUGUUCAGCGAUCAAUACCAUAUCUACAGUGAACUAUGGUUAGGGCAUACUUGGAACCAGUAUCGCUGUUCCAAGAUCAUUGUUACACAGAUCAUCAUGAGCUGUCUUCGGCGACUAUCAACGGAUUCGGCCAACGGGUAUUCAUCUAAGGAUCUGGAGAUUCAUUGCAAUGGGCUUCGUGCGACGGCUCGCCAGCUAGCUAUUGAUAUCUGCGCUAGUGUUCCCGACCAUUUGGGAUUGGUUGGGGAACCAGCUACCAGUAACCGAAGCCAUAUUGGAGGGAUUGUGCUCCUGUGGCCGCUGUUUCUCGCAGGCGCAACAGAGAAUAAGACCCAUGCGCUCCGAAAAUGGACCGAAAACUGUUUCAAGCUGAUUGGCCAUACAAUGGGAAUCGAUCAGGCGCUGGCAUUGAUCGAGAUUCUAGGCGUGGAGCCUGGAUUCUUCGAAGAUAUCGACCGAAAAGACGGGAUCGUAUAUCGGGUGGAAGAAAUGGGGGAUCUUGGGAAUGAUCAUGUAUGACGCUGAACUUGUAUAUUCGUAAUUCUUGCAUUUUGGCGGGCGUUGGGAUCGUUUCUUGUAUUUAUUGUACUAUGAUUGGGGUUGUCUUUCUCCAAAUUGGGAAUCAAUGAUGCUGGAUAUACGCCUCAUCAUUGCAUAAUGCACCAUUGAGUUGGGCACAAUAUACCUGACAUCAAUUCAAUUUUCUGUCUUCCUCAAAAACUGAAAGAAUACACAGCACAAUAAUGGGUCAAC